GAUCGACCUCGGCAAAUUCGCUUACUACGUUAAACAUGUAGGCUUGCAAUGGUCGAAGGCAGGAAGCAUAGCGGGUGGUUUCCGAGCCUCCAUGUCCACGUACUUCGGUGGCGAUUCCCGCACCAAUGUGGUCUUCAUCCACCAUGGUGGAAACCAAGAGGUUCUGCCGACUCGAUCUGCCCACAAUCGCCAAGAGUUUGACCAUGUCUGCAAAGACAUUGAGGCCGAAUAUCUUUCCUCGGCCAACAUUGUCUUCUCCAAUUCUAUGGCGGGUCCUGGCUCCUCUGGUCUCGUCUAUGACACUAGCUACUCCAGUCCCGUGGCCACUGCAAGUGCCUCUCAGAUUAGCCAGCCUCCAGCUAUUGUCUCCGGUUCUCUGCCUCCGCUUGCGGGUAUACAUUCUACUGCCCUUGCCAAUCAAGGUUCUAUGUCUACCACUCAAAUUCAGAAACGCACAGAUGAAUUUUUCCGUAAGGAUAUUCAGAGCGAUAAUAAGAAGGAGGCCAUCGCAGCAGCUAAGAAUGCGGCAUCGUUUUCCAGCGGUAACACGAAGCAGUCUGCAAACUCUGAUCGAGGCAUAUCUAUCGAUGGCGCCCCGGCUGGGAAGCAGAACCCUUUCCAGAAGGCGUUCGCAGAAUUGGCCCAGCAAAAGGCCCAGACUGCAGCUCCGGCUCCCGCUUCGGACCCUUUCGCGAACCCCUUCGACAAGAGCAUGAGCAGGGCAAACGCUCUCCCGCAAAACCGUGGCUCAGGCAUGUCAUUCUCGAUCCCCACCGCUCCGCCAUCGGGCGGAUCACGGAGUCUAGCUCGGGGUUCAGCUAGGGAUGCCGACUCAUUCGAUAUGCUCUAGGUUUCCUCUUGGUCCUGGUAACAUAUUUCC